AUGGCUGCCGUCGAGUCCGAUCCGAUCAAGGACUUUCUGGCCGGAGUGCUGGGUGGAGUAUCGGGCGUGGUCGCAGGCCAGCCGCUGGACACGGUCAAGGUGCGGAUGCAGGCGCGGCCGGCCGGGACGUACACUGGGUUGCUGGAUGCGUUCCAAGCAACGAUGCGCAAAGAGGGCGUGGCCGCACUGUACAAAGGCAUGCUCUCGCCGGCGCUCGGGUGUGCGCCGGUCAAUGCCGUGCUGUUUGUGACGUACGGCUAUCUGACAAGAGCCAUCAUGGAGCCCGACGGCGCGCUGGCGGCACUCCUGCCGGGAGGUGGGACCGAGGCUGCGGACGUUGCAGAGCGCGGUGAUGCCAACGCAGACCAGCAGCUGACAAUCGGGGCGGUGGCGCUGGCCGGCGCCGGUGCCGGGCUAGCGUGCUCGAUGAUCACCUCGCCCAUCGACCUCAUCAAGAUCCAGCUGCAGAACCAGAGCGCCAAGCGCAAGACCGCCGAGUACCGUGGCAACAUUGCGACCAUCCGGCACAUUGUGCGUGUUGGCGGCCCGCUGGCAAUCAUGCAGGGCCUGGUCCCGUCGUUUGUCCGCGAAAUCCCGUCGUAUGCCCUCUACUUUUCGUCGUACGAGCUCGUGAAGCGGCUACUGUUGCCCGACGAGCUCUCCGCCGACGAGCUGUCGGCCACCGCCGUGGCCACGGCGACCUUGCUUUCCGGUGGCAUUGGCGGCACGCUGGCUUGGGUCUCGACCUACCCGAUCGAUGUGAUCAAGACCAAGGUCCAGGCCCGCGACCCGGGUAUGGUCAACCCGCCGUCGAUGCUCGCCACCGCCCGCUCACUGUACGCUGCCGAAGGCCACGCCGUCUUCUUCCGCGGCAUGUCGGCCUGCAUCAUUCGCGCCUUUCCGGCCAACGCCGUCACGUUCUUCAUCUACGAGCUUGCCCUCAAGCUCAUGAUCCAGGACGAGUCCAAUGAAGAGUCGUGA